AUGAGUUCAUCACAAAAUUCUUAUGAAAGUGCAUCAACAGCUUUAUCCAAUCCUGGAGACUUAGCAGGGAAGUUUAGUUGGGGGAUUGCAGAAGUCUUGGUUAAGGGAACAAUUUGUGGAAUGGUUCAUUUGUUUGUAUUUACAGUACUAAAACAAAAAUUCAUUACCGAUAAAGUGAGGUGA